AUGGAUUUGCAGUUUACAAUAGCUAUUUAUGACCCAAAGGAGAAAGUUCAACACCCAAAAGGUUCUAAACUCUUCAAAUUUCGCAUAAAUAGCUUCGUCACACAGUUUUUAGUUUUCAAAGGUAUCCUUGCUAAAGAAGAUAUCACAGAGAAAGCAGGCGCCAUACCUAAAGAAAUUACUAAACUACAAGGAUUCCAAUUUAAUCAAGAUGAAAUAUAUUUAAUACCAAAAUUUACAACAAUUAACGGCAAUAAAUUCCUUACAACCUUCGGAGAUCUUUUUUACAUAAAUAGCGUUGUUACAAUCUGUCCAAAGAGUGAUUAUGCAGCAGCAGCGCUCAAUAUUUUAAGGACAAUUGAUGGAUUAAAGUUCUUGAAACCAUUUUCACCGGAUCACAUUCGUUUUGCAAACAUUUCUAUCAACAAUUUUGGCAAAAAAUGCAAGAUCAACAAAACAGGAGGAUAUUAUACAUACUUUUUCGAUGAUGUUGAAACAGCACAAACUUUCGAUCAAAUGAAUUUUGAUAUGAUUAAUGAUACAGAACUAACAGUUUCCGAAUUCUUCCGAGUCCCUGGCUUUAUUAUUAAUGCUCAGAAGACUCCAGCAAGAACAUUCGGAAUAAAGAACAUCGUAAAAGUCGAAAAUUGCUAUUUAAUACCACCGAAUGAAGAUAUUGCGAAAGCAAAAGUAUAUUCAGCAGCUGAUAUUACGUUAAAUUGCAGUAGUAUCCCUCCAUCGAUGCCCUCUGAAGUUGUACGCCCAGUUUACGAAUUCUGCGGUCCGGUUAUCUUCAUAUCAAGCAACCGCGCAGGACAUUCAGUAACUUUUGGUACAGCAGACGGAUAUCUUAAAGCUUGCGAUUUAUACGGACAAAAACCAGACAAAACAUCAUCACCACGACUUUCUGAUAGCAGACCACCGAAACUUACACCUCCUGGAGAUGAAAAAUUAGGAAGUAAAAAUUCAUCGAGAGAAUCAUCAAUGGGAAGGUUUCCUCCGAACGGAAUGAACUUUGAAGCUGGCUCUGGUGACUCCAAUCCUAAAUUUAAUCCUAUUGAUUUCUCGAAACCAAAUACUCCACCAGGAAUGAUACCUCUCGGCCAAGCAAUUGAAACAAGAAACGAACCACCUUUCUCUCCUAUGAAAGGAGGAUUCGGACAAAUGAACGAUGGACCAAUGAGAGGUGGUUUUGGCCAACCAUUCGAUAACGGAAACAAUUUCGGUCCAAUGAGAGGAGGUUUCGGACAACCAAUAGAAGAAAAUAAAUUCGGACCUGUUCGCGGAGGAUUUGGUCAACCUUUAGAUGAUGGAAAUAAAUUCGGUCCGGUAAGAGGCGGAUUUGGACAACCAAUUGAUGAUAAUAACAAAUUCGGACCAGUUAGAGGAGGUUUUGGCCAACCUAUUGAUGACAAUAAUAAAUUUGGUCCAGUUAGAGGCGGAUUUGGCCAGCCAAUCGAUGAUAACAACAAGUUUGGCCCAGUAAGAGGUGGAGUCGGUCAACCAAUUGAUGAUAGUAAUAAAUUUGGACCAGUCAGAGGUGGAUUUGGCCAACCAAUCGAUGAUUCAAACAAAUUCGGUCCUGUAAGAGGCGGAUUUGGCCAACCUAUCGAUGAUUCCAACAAGUUUGGACCAGUUCGAGGCGGAUUCGGACAACCUAUAGACGAUAACAACAAAUUCGGACCUGUUAGAGGCGGAUUUGGUCAGCCAAUAGAUGAUAGUAAUAAAUUCGGCCAUGUACGUGGCGGAUUUGGCCAACCGAUUGAUGAUUCAAACAAAUUUGGUCCUGUUCGCGGUGGUUUCGGCCAACCAAUCGAUGAUUCAAAUAAAUUCGGCCCAGUUCAUGGUGGAUUUGGACAUCCAAUUGAUGAUUCUAAUAAGUUUGGACCAGUCAGAGGCGGAUUUGGCCAACCAAUAGACGACAGCAACAAAUUCGGUCCAGUAAGAGGUGGAUUUGGACAGCCAAUUGAUGAGCAGAGCAAAGGAAUUCCAUUGAAUGGUGGCAUGAAGAAUUUAUCAAAUGAAGAUAAACUUAUUGACCAACCAGACAAUAAAGACGGCGAUCAACAGAUACCCAAGUCACCACACAUGCCAAGCCUUGCUCAACAGAUCGAAGAAGAAGACAAAAACAAAAAUCAACAAAAUACCAAACCAAAUCCAUUCGGCCAACAGAUCGAAGCACCUCCAGAAUUCAGAGAAGAAGACGAGAACCAAGAGAAUAUCAGUAUUAAAGAAGCUCCAAUCGUUCAAGGACUUGGAAAUAAGUUGCCAAUUAACGAAACUCCAUUUGGCCAAGCUCAGAACGUUCCAGGUCUCAAAGGAGGACCAUUCCAAAACAGUCCGCGUCCAUUAUCAGCAGGAGCAGACAAUUCAAGUUCCAGAUCAAACAAAGUUGAAGCAUUUUCACCACGUUCAGGCAUGGAGAACCCUCCAUCCGGCAUGAUGACACCAAAAAUCACAACGAGCGCUCCAGAACAGAUCCAACCAGGCCAGUUUUCACCAAGACCAGGCAUGGAAUUUCCUCCCGGCCAAUUCUCCCCCCGUCCAGGAAUGGAGGUUCCCCCUGGAAUACCUGUUGCCGCCGAUUUCUCAGCUGUUCCUCCACAAAGGUAUUCACCACGACCAGGCGAUGGCCCAAAGAUGAUGUCAGGACAGUUUGGAAUGCAAGAGAUCGAACCAGGACAAUUUUCUCCUCGUCCUGGCGACGAAAACUUUGUUUUCCAUCCAUUUGGACAAGGUAAUUUCGAUGGGACAGGUGGAUUCAAGCGCACACCACCCUUCGGAAUGUCUCCUCGUGGCAAUCCUGGUUUCGGAGGCUCUCCUUUCAUGGAUGAUUCCUCUUUCUCUCCUUUCAGAGAAGGUCCUUUCGCUGGAGGAGGUCCAUUCGGAAAUUCCGGUGAUUUCGGAUUGCAAAGAGCAAGUUUCAGUGGUACACCAUUGCAAAUGCACGCACCAAAACUUGCUUCAAUUCCUUCUCUAACUCCUGUAGAAGGAAAAGGUGGUUUUGGCAAACCGCCACCACUCACAAAUUUGUCAUCAAAGAAUACAGCUCAACUCGAUAAAAGUGACACUUCCAGUUGUAUUGUUGUUGCCAAUCUUCUUGGGAAUAUCACUCCAUCGAUGCUCAAACAGACAUUAGGAGUAGAAACAGUCAAAUACGAUGAAGAUUUGGAGCCACUUUGUUCCAGUGAAUCAAUGGCAUAUUUGAUUUACACGGGCGAAAACAUGGACAUCAAUGAUCUCGAGACAAAAAUAAACAGCACAAAGAACUUGUUCCAUUCCAACCGCGCCAUGUACACAUCUGCGAAAGAUGGUGUUGAUUCUGCAGUAGAAUCAAUCAUUUCUGAGUCAUCAUCAGCUAAAUACGUUGUUGCAGGAAUUCGCCCUGAAUUCAAUGCAAUACAACUCAAACUGUUCUUAAAGAAUGCAUCAGAAGUUACAGAAGAUCAAGGCUUAGGAACACUAAACUGUCCAGAAUCAAAAGCUUUUCUAGUUAAAUUCGAUGGAAUUUCAACAGAAAAUUGGAAUAGUGAAAUUGAUUCUUUACCUGAAAAAAUGUUCGUUGAAACAAAACUUUACGAAGCAGUUACAGGUAAACUAGAAAGUGCUGUAAAUAACAUCUUCAAAGCCAUGUUUUCUGCUCAACAAAAGAGAGUUUCACGAUGGAUUGUCGCUGGUUUAAGAAGUGAAGUGACUCCUUUAGAAGUCAAAACCAAUCUUCCUCAUACAGAAGCUGUCAUUCCUUCUGUUCUUCUGCAGCCUCUCUGCCAACCACCAAAUGUGGCAUAUUUAGUUUACGUAUCGGCAAAAAGUGUCGAUGCAUCAAGUGACAUCCAAAAUCUGCCACUUUUUUCGAAGGAUCCACUUUUCUGCGAGAUACAGAAAGGAUCUAUACAAAAUGCCAUUGAUACAUUGCUAUCAAAGACUGCUUCUCCAAGUCAUAAAUCAAAAGAAAGAAAUGUGGAUAAAAGUGACAACAUUAGACAAAAAGAAACAAACGAAGAUGAAGAAAAUGAUGACAGAUACGUGAAGAUAUUGAUAUCCAAUUUAUCACCAGAUGUCGGAGAUGAAUUACUUAAAGAGAAACUUCCAAGUGCUGUUAAGUUCAUCACUGAUCCAUCAUUGGACAAAUUAAACAGAGGAAUUAGACAUGCAACAAUUGCUUGCUUCGAAUCAAAGGAAUGCAAGAAUGAAUUGAAGAGUUUCUGCAAGUGCUUGUUUGGAAAGAUGCAUCCGAAAGUUGUUUUCAUGAAGAAUUCAGCAGAAGAUGCUGUUUCGAAGGUUUUAGACUUCAAACAAAACCAACAUAAUAAUUGGUUGUCUUUCCCAAUUGAGAAGAUAAAUAUAACUAAAAAAGAUACUUACAAAGAUAGAGAAUCUGCGGUUUUGGCUUUGUGUCCUGAUAUAACACCACAGUAUAUUGUUAUUCAUCCAAAAACAGUCUAUGUUGAUUAUAUUAAUGAAGACAAAUGUAAUAGAGCUGCUUCUGUAAUCAAUCAGUAA